AUGGAAAUUUUAAACAAAUUUCCUAUGCAGUUUAUUUCAGUUCAGUGACUUGGAUUAAUUCUAUGUUUCUACGCUAUUUCAUUUUUAAUCGACGGGUUGUUCAGCAGUGAAAUUUUAUUAGCAUAUCAUAAUGAAAUGUAUGACACUAAUUGGCAUAUUUUUGACAUUUAUCGUACCGCUUACGAACCAAGAGGAAAAUUAAUAAUAGAUGCUGUCAAUACAACUUUCGGAAAAUGGGGAACUCGAUUAUGGAAAUUUGAUAAAAGAUCAAAUUUAGGAAAUUUAACAUUAAAUGUUGUUACUGUAGGCAACCCUUACGGUGCUUUAGCUAAGAAAAAUGACACAGAUAUUCAACCAUCUAGUGAAGAACUGGUUAAAUAUUUAAAAACUUUUAAUUUGGAUCGCUUGAACUCUGUGCAAAAAUUUAGCUAUGCUAUAAUGUAUCCGUUGACAAGAAUUUUACUAAACAUCACAUUAAAUAUUCAAACGACAAAUUCAUGGGGUUACAUAACUAAUAACAAAUGGGACGGAAUAGUUGGAAUGUUGAUGUCUGGAGAGGUCGAUUUUUCUAUAAGUCUAAAUGCCCUGAGGUCUGAAAGAUAUGAUGUCGUAGAUUACUCUGCUAUUUCUACUUGGAAACAUUUACCUUGUUUCAUUUUUCGGCAUCCUCGAUCAUCUACGGCGUCAACAAACAUAUUCCUGCGUCCAUUUGAAUCGGCCGUUUGGUUCUCAAUAAUAUGUGUAAUGAUAUUGUCUGGAUUUGUUUAUUGUACAAUUAUGCAUUAUGAAUCGAAUCAAAUGUUCUCGUUGAGAGUGUUAAGUGAUAUUGUCCUACUAAAAAUUGGCACGUUAUGUCAACAAGGCACAGUCAUGGAACCUAAAAAACUCAGCAAUAGACUAAUUGUCAUUUUAAUGUUCGUGUUCAGCUUGGUAAUGUAUCAGUUUUAUUCAUCCAGCAUUGUCUCUGGAUUAUUGCGCCCGACCGUAAUGAAAAUCGAUUCGAUUCAAAAACUUGAAGAAAGUGGAUUAGACGUUGGCGUUGAAGAUUUCAAUAUUAUUAUCAAAGCUAUUGAAGUGAAUGGGGAAGUCAAUCCUUACUUGAAAAAAAUUAUCGACAGCAAAAUUAAAUCAAAAUCAGAGUAUCUGUUGGCUAAAGAUGGAGUGAAAAAAAUUAAAAAAGGAAACUAUGCAUUUUUCACCGAUCCAGCAACCAGUUAUUGGCUAAUAAACGAUAUUUUCACUGAGAAGGAAAAAUGUGAUUUAACGGAAUUGCCACUCCUCAGAUCGGAAACUACUGGCUACUUGGUUCAGAAAAAAUCUCCGUAUAAAAAAUUGAUCAAUUACGCAAAUUGUAUUUUACGGGAAACUGGUCUUAUGGAUAGAGAACUCCGUAUAUGGCAUGCCGAAAAACCGAAAUGCACUGCUGGGAAAACUACAACCGAAGAAUCUCUAGUUAGCGUUGAAAUUAAAGACAUAGCAUCACUCUUAACUUUACUGAUCAUCGGUUUUAUCAGUUCUUUCACAAUUUUGGUAUUAGAAAUAAUUGUACACCGUUAUAAAACAAACACGCCUAUUAUAGUUAAAAAAUAG